GUCAUCAACCUUGGCCUUGCUCCUAUCCCUCCAUUAAUGAACGUUGCCUCUCCUCAGUGUUCUCCUGCUGACAUCUAUCCCCGCUACCAAGACCUCACAGCCUGUGUAGAAACCGAAUGCGACGGUCACGAAGCCAUAGACGAUGCCUUGCGCACAUGGCUAGAGCUCACGCUCAAGCUCCGCGAACUGCUCAACUGCUCGCAGGAACACAUCGUCACAUGCUCACAUCUGCUAUUAAGGAGCCCCUUAUUCCGAAAUAAUAAAGACUACGUUCGACAGCAAAUCAUCCACAGCCUGCUGCAAGAGGACGACGCUGGCCCUCUCCACGCCAUUUCCUGCUUCCUCCUCCUCGAUGGCCACCACGAAGAGGCCCUGUUUCCGCGCAUGAUUGACGAGGCUUGCUUCCCCAAACUUCUUGAGCUUCUGAAUGCGCACAAGGAGGACGACCCCAUGCUACAUCGGUUUCUUUUACAGCUCAUGUACGAGAUGUCAAGGAUGGAACGGCUCCGGCGAGAUGAUAUCCUCUUAGUCAACGACGACUUUAUCCAUUAUCUUUUCGGAAUUAUACAGAACCUGUCUGACGAUGUCCACGACCCAUACCACUAUCCUACGAUCAGAGUUCUACUGGUCUUGAACGAGCAGUAUAUGCUAGCAUCAACAGACGUAACCGCCGAUACCCCGCCCCUCACGAAUCGAAUUGUCAAGUGCCUUAGCCUCCAUGGCCCCGACUAUCGGACGUUUGGCGAAAACAUCAUUCUCCUUCUCAACAGGGAAACGGAAACAUCGCUUCAACUAUUGAUUUUAAAGCUUCUAUACCUUCUUUUCACGACCAAGGCAACAUAUGAAUACUUUUACACAAACGAUUUGAGAGUGCUACUCGAUGUUAUUAUCCGAAACUUGAUGGACUUGCCGGACGAGAAGAUGGCACUGCGGCAUACAUAUCUCCGUGUCCUCUAUCCACUCCUAGCUCACACGCAAUUAAGCCAACCACCCCACUACAAAAAGGACGAGGUUUUGAGGCUCCUGAAUAUACUCCGUGGGUCGCAUAAUGCUCAUUUUGCUCCGGCCGACGAAACAACGCUGCGACUGGUCGAUCGCGUAUCCAAGGUUUCAUGGCUAGACACAGAGCAGGGCAAGGGAGAGGCAGAGGUUGCUCGCAAAAUCCUGGGCAUCAGUCUCUCCCCAUCGCAGACAGACAGCAGUAUCAGCGUCUCAAAUGUGGCCGAGGUGAUGGAAAAGCCAGGGGUCCAAACACCAAGCAGGAACAAAUCCGCCAGCGGAGCAGCUGAAGAGGGUGUUCCUGGUCUGCCUCUGAACUCGGAGGUGCCAGUGUUACCCAGAGCAAAGAAGCCGUUGCCAACGGUUCCAAAGCAUCGCCACGGCGUGCCGUUUGCUUCGACGGCCAACGGCACGCCAAAGAAAAUACCCCCAAAAGCGCCGCCUCCACGACGGCUUGGGAGAACGCGGACGGCUCAACUGGUCUCCCCUACUGAGCCAGUCAAGUCUCCGGAAUGA